AUGAGGGUGUCGGUGCCGGGUCCGGCCGUGCCCACGGCGGGCCGCGAACCCUCGACGCCGGGCGGCGGUGGAGGAGGUGAAGGCGGCGACGGCGGCGGGGGCUCCGUGGCUGUGUCCGGCGCCGCGGUGCCCGGCUCGGUGCAGCUGGCGCUGAGCAUCCUGCACGCCGCGCUCUACGCCGCGCUCUUCGCCUUCGCCUACCUGCAGCUGUGGCGGCUGCUCCUGUUCCGCGAGCGGCGGCUCAGUUACCAGAGCCUCUGCCUCUUCCUGUGUCUCGCGUGGGCUGCGCUCCGGACCACGCUCUUCUCCGCCGCCUUCUCGCUCAGCGGCUCGCUGCCCCUGCUCCGGCCGCCCGCUCACCUGCACUUCUUCCCCCACUGGCUGCUCUACUGCUUCCCCUCUUGUCUGCAGUUCUCCACGCUCUGUCUCCUCAACCUCUACCUGGCCGAGGUUAUAUGUAAAGUCAGAUGUGCCACUGAGCUUGACAAACAAAAAAUUCUGCUGCAUUUGGGCUUUAUGCUGGCAAGCCUUCUCUUUUUAGUGGUGAACUUGACUUGUGCAAUGCUGGUUCAUGGAGAUGUCCCAGAAAACCAACUGAAAUGGACUGUGUUUGUUCGAGCACUAAUUAAUGAUAGCUUAUUUAUUCUUUGUGCCAUCUCUUUAGUUAGUUACAUAUGCAAAAUUACAAAAAUGUCAUCAGCAAAUGUCUACCUCGAAUCAAAGGGUAUGUCUCUAUGCCAGACUGUCGUCGUGGGCUCUGUAGUCAUCCUUCUCUACUCCUCCAGAGCUUGUUACAAUUUGGUAGUUAUCACCAUAUCUCAGGAUACAUUAGAAAGUCCAUUUAAUUAUGGUUGGGAUAAUCUUUCAGAUAAGGCUCACCUAGAAGAUGUAAGUGGAGAAGACUAUGUAAUGUUUGGAAUGGUCCUCUUUCUGUGGGAACAUGUACCAGCAUGGUCGGUGGUACUAUUCUUCCGGGCACAGAGAUUAAACCAGAAUUUGGCACCUGCUGGAAUGAUAAAUAGCCACAGUUACAGUUCCAGAGCCUACUUUUUUGACAAUCCAAGACGGUAUGAUAGUGACGAUGACUUGCCAAGACUGGGAAGUUCAAGAGAAGGAAGUUUAUCAAACUCGCAGAGUUUGGGCUGGUAUGGCACCAUAACCGGAUGUGGCAGUAACACCUACACAGUCACUCCCCACCUGAAUGGACCUGUGACAGAUACUGCUCCUUUGCUCUUUACUUGUAGUAAUUUAGAUAUCAGCAAUCACCACAGCUUGUAUGUCACUCCACAAAACUGAUAACAUUGCCACGUCAUGGUUUUUGGAUUGUUUUUCAUGAGUGUGUAUGUAUAUUCAAUGUGUUUAAAUAGCAUCUACAUCAACAUUCCAUUAUCUGUUGCAACUGAAAACAAAAUCUAGAAAUUGGGCUGUGUUUGUUGGAGAACACAGCUGUUUCUUUUGACCUCUUCAUAGUAAAAUUAAGAAAAAUAGAAAGCUUGGGAUAGGAGAAGAGAUUAGCUAUGAAGGCACUUGAUGGCCUCCAAAUAUUCUGACUUUGGAACAUCAAAUGCACAUUUGCAAAUUUGCACUUUUAUCUUUGUUCUGAAAGAGUACUUUGCAAUCCCCGAAGUCAUGCUCCAGUAUUCGCACUGGAAUAUUCUUGUACACCAAACUGUAAGGCAAUUUUUGUACAAACAUAAAAGCCUAUAUAUUCCGUGGCAUAUUCUACAUGAAAUCCUUACCCAGUUACAGUUUUAGUGUGAACAGUGCACAGAGUUAAGACAUAAAGACGUGUCAUUCCUUUUAAGAAAUCCUAAAAUGUGUACUCAUUGAAGACAGUUAUUUUAAGCAUGUUUUGAAAUUAUCAGUUGAAAUUACUAAAAAAAUUCAUUUUAAACAAAUGAUAGUGGUAACCCUUUACAGUGAUGACCAACAGUGUUGUUUGGAAAGCCACAGUAGUUUCAAGGUAACAGUAUACCAGUAAAAAGUAUGUGGCUACUUUGAAUGGAAUUGGUCAAGUGAUUAUUUUUUAAAGGUUUUUUUUUUU